UCUCUCUCCUUGACCUAGGUGUAUAUAUAAACGAACAUGAGUGCUCUGGUCCUCAUCAGAGAAACACAAGACAUAAACCAAACAUUAAACAAAAAACUAAGUACAUAGAUUAGCGACAAGAAGCGAAAUGAAGUUCGGGAAGGAGUUUUCAUCUCAGAUGGUGCCAGAGUGGCAACAAGCUUACAUGGAUUACGGCUUUCUCAAAACCCUGCUCAAAGAAAUCAUCCGGUUCAAACGCAGAACCAACAAUGCAGCUCCACGUGGUGGCGCCAAGAAUCACCUCGGCGGUGAAGGACUAAACCGGAAUAUGACACUUUACCGCGCGUUUAGCGGCUUAGUCUCAAUUUCAAGAAGACAAAGACACGGCAACUCUCACGACGUCGAGGAAGGGGUGCAGUUAACGACGACUACAACUACGGGGCCGAUUCUUGUGAACACCACGGCGGAUCGCGGUUGCGAGACGACGUUUCUGAUGGCCGCGGAGGAAGGAGGAGAGUACGAGCUGGUGUUUUUCCGGAGACUAGACGACGAGUUCAACAAAGUGAGUAAGUUUUACAAAGAGAAAGUUGAAGAAGUGUUGAAAGAAGCGGUGGUGCUUAACAAACAGAUGGACGCUUUGAUAGCGUUUCGUGUCAAAGUUGAGAAUCCAGAAGGGUGGGGAUGGGAUGAACGGACGGUGGAGAUCAGCCGUUUGGCUUCCGAUAUCGCUACUUCCGCCGCUACUCUCUCCGCUUCUACUCCGGCCGGAGCUAAGUCCAUGAAAGUUCGAAGUCAAGCUCAUAUGGAGGCAAUACAGGAAGGAGCGUCGAGCAGAGCUGAACAACUAGAAGAUGAUGUAGAAGAAGAACAAGGAGAAGACAAUGCAGCCAGAGAAUCAGUCAAUGAAGUGAAGACGACCAGGAUGAGAGCAGUGAGACCAGCUCCGUUAGAUAUUCUUGAUCGAGUGAGUAUCAACAACACCAUAGAGACGCCUCGUUCCACCAUCAAAGGAGUUCUCCAGGUUCCGAAGCAGACCGACUUAAAGUUCAGCAGAGAGAAUCUGAUGAAAGUCGAGGAGAAGCUGAGGCACGCUUUCAUCGUGUUUUAUCAGAAGCUGAGGCUUCUCAAGAGUUAUAGUUUCUUGAAUGUAUUGGCAUUUUUGAAGGUAUUGAAGAAGUAUGAUAAGAUAACUUCAAGGGAAGCAACGAAGCAUUACAUGAAAAUGGUUGAUAGUUCAUACCUUGGAAGCUCUGAUGAUGUUGUGCGACUCAUGGAGCGUGUUGAAGCCACAUUCAUAAAGCAUUUUGCAAAUGCUAAUCGAACCAAAGGAAUGAACAUUCUACGGCCUAAAGCGAAACGAGAGAGACACAGAAUUACAUUCGCCACUGGUUUCUCUGCUGGAUGCGUAUUCUCUCUUAUAGUGGCUCUUGUCGCGAUCAUCCGCACCCGAAAUCUCUUGCAGGGGGAUGGCCAGAAGCAGUACAUGAAUACUAUGUUCCCUCUUUAUAGCUUGUUCGGGUUUAUCGUGCUGCACAUAAUAAUGUAUGCUGCUAAUAUAUACUAUUGGAGGCGUUACAAAGUAAACUAUUCUUUCAUAUUUGGGUUCAAGCAAGGCACUGAACUUGGUUACAUACAAGUCCUGCUUGUGGGUUUCACCAUUGGUGUCUUUGCAUUGCUUUGUGUUCUUGCCAAUCUUGACAUGGAGGCAGACCCCAAAACCAAAGGCUAUCAAACAUUAACUGAACUUCUUCCUCUUUUCCUACUUAUUGCCAUGUUUUUGGUUCUAGUCUUGCCAUUCAACUUCUUUUACCGAUCAAGUCGCUACUUCUUCCUCGCUUGUGUGUUUCGUUGCCUCGCCGCUCCUCUUUACAAGGUAACAUUGCCUGAUUUCUUCUUGGCGGAUCAGUUUACUAGCCAAGUUCAAGCUCUUAGAAGCAUCGAGUUCUAUGUUUGUUACUAUGGUUGGGGAGACUUCAGACACAGAAAGAACACUUGUAACACUAGUUUGUACAACAGUUUCUUGUUCAUUGUUGCUGUCCUCCCUUAUGUCUCCCGCCUCCUUCAGUGCCUGCGACGGCUGUUUGAGGAGAAGAACCCGGAGCAAGGGUACAAUGGACUUAAGUACUUAUUAACUAUAGUAGCCGUUUGCUUGAGAACUGCUUACAGUUUCCAUAAAGGUGAUAUCGCUUGGAGGAUGGUAGCCGCUAUCUCCUCAGCUGCAGCUGCUAUAUUCUCUACUUACUGGGACUUUGUUCAUGACUGGGGUCUUCUUAACCGGACAUCGAAAAACCGCUGGCUUCGAGAUAAGCUCAUCAUUCCUCAAAAGAAAGUAUACUUCAUCGCCAUGAUUUUGAAUGUCCUGCUGAGAUUUGCGUGGAUUCAGACGGUUCUUGAUUUCAACUUCUCCUUCAUGCAUAGACAGACGAUGGUUACCACUGUUGCUAGUCUUGAGAUUAUUCGUCGUGGUAUAUGGAGUUUCUUCAGAUUAGAAAAUGAGCAUUUGAACAAUGUUGGGAAAUACAGAGCCUUUAAGUCUGUUCCACUACCAUUCAACUACGAUGAAGAUGAAGACAAAGAUGAUUAAAGUUUCAUUGAGUAUAUAUACUCUUUAGCCACCAAAGUCCAUCAAGCUGUUUACACAAUCUCAUCUUUUAAAUCGUAUUAAAAACAUAAUAGUAUUAGACUAUUUGUCAAAGUUCAAACUAUUUACUAUUUAGUUCAGUUGCACCUGA